GACUCUUGUGCGGUAACAAACAUACACCAACAUAAGAAUAAAAACACCUUUUCCAAUUUCCAAGAAUGCCUAACGUAGGAUGAUGCAGAUAUGUACACAAUACUAAAUCUUUUAUGGACAAUUUUCUGUCUAGCCCUAUUGCUGGGUGUUGUAUCAUCCCAAUUCCCAGUUAUAACUCUCGAUCAAGGACCAUUAGUUGGGUUAAAGGUAUUUCCGGAAUCAUCUCGCACUGCAGUGUACACCUUUCUGGGUAUUCCAUAUGCCGAGCCACCUGUGGGAACUUUGAGAUUUAAGUAUCCUCGUCCUCAUAAUGGAUGGGGUAACAGAACAUUUUCGGCAACCAGUGCGAGACCCAUAUGCCUACAAAUGUCCAAUAGCGUUUACGAUGAAACCCCCGACAGAGCAACUGCACGCGAACCGGAAAUGAACGAAGACUGUUUAUAUCUGAAUAUUUGGGUUCCAGAGGUGGGCCUUCGUUUUGGCAGUUUACCAGUACUGGCAAUAAUCACCGGAGAGGAGAUGUCCUUCGAUUGGGCCAGGAAUCGUCCCUCUGGUCUAGAUUUUUCAUCCGAAGGGGUGGUGGUUGUAACCAUUCAAUACAGAACCAACGUCUUUGGCUGGAUAGGCCUAGGCAACGAAGACCUACCCGGGAAUUUUGGCAUCCAUGACCAAGAGCAGGCACUGCAAUGGAUCCAACAAAACAUCCAACAAUUUGGUGGCAACCCGAAGCAGGUGACUCUGCUCGGCCAUGGCACCAGUGGUUUUGCUUGUGCCCUAAUCCACAUGAUUAGUCCAAGGAGCAACAAUUUGUUUAACCAGCUGAUCCUUAUGUCCGGAGCUGCAGUUAAUUUGAAUGUCGCCAACAACCAACAACCCUCACAGAGAGUUAUCGAGAAGCUGGGCUGCCAGUUUGAGGCACUCAACCAAGUGGUGGUCAAUUGCCUCCGGUCGAAGAGUGCCAGUGACUUACAGAGAGCUUUCGAGAGUGUUUAUGCCAAUGGAAAUUACACAUCGAUAAUGGGACCGGUUGUGGAUAGUUUCCGACCCAAAGGUGAACAAUAUAUACCCGUGGGUCUGUUGCAGGCACUAGCUUCGGGCAACUAUACAAAACGUCCAACCAUUGUUGGGAUUUGUUCCAAUGAGGGUGCCUUCAUCCAUGACUACUGGAUCGAUUUGGCCAAAGAGGGUUAUGGCCCCUUAAGGGCUUACAUUAAUCACACAACCAUCCCGAUGGUAUUGCGAGAAAUACACUUUCCGUCUGCGGUCGACAAGAGUCAAGUGCUGGACACUCUUAACUGGAGGUACUUUGGACAGAUUGGCACUAGUACCAGUUAUCUACUUAACGCAAUGCAACGUAUAAUAUCCGAAGCCAAGUACGAGUCCUUCUUCUAUUAUCUCACCGAGACAUUGUCAUCAUCAUCGUCGUCGUCGCAAUCCAUGGCAAUGAACUUCACUUCACAAAAGAGUGCCAAUGUAUAUGUGUAUGCUUUUCAGAUAACCAAUUCCAUGGAUAUGCGAGGGAAGGUCAAUUUGUUUGGUGGUGCCUCACACUCAUCGGAUUUGCCUUUUCUUCUUGGUCCGAGUUUAUUUCAACAGAUUGCCAGGCGAAGGUUUACUCCUUCCGAAGAGAAAAUUUGUCAGAAAAUGAGAAAAGAUUUUGUGAAUUUUGUGAAAACGGGAAACCCUACUCCGGGAAGGAUAUACAAUGCAUGGUAUCCCUACACUCCGGAGAGAAAGUUCAUCCAAAUCAUCGGCGAAGCAGAAGCAGAACCGUUAAGGAGUAAGAUUUUGACUUUUCCAUUUGAGAAAAAUCUUGUAGAAAUUGAAAAACUCCUCGAAAAGAAAUCAAAUGCCGGACUCUCGCGGCCAAAUCGAAAUGAGUUCAAUCCGUAUGAGUUAGGUCCCUCGGCGCUGGACAGUCAACAGCCGAGGGCUUCGUAUGUUAUGAGCCAACAGGACAAUACUUAUUUCUAUCAUUUGAAGAAGGUAUACUCAUUUUGGAAUAUUCUCCUCCCCAACAUAGCUGGUUCGCCAAAUGAUCGAUACAAUGUGACCGUAAACGAUGCUCUUAGCCAAAGAAUUCGUUUUUUAGAAGCUUCAGCGGAUGCUAUUCGAUACAAACGUGCCUUUUUCUCUAUGCUCACUCUGGUUUGUAUUCUCCUAGCAUUGCUAGGAGUUUUAAUCUAUUUGUUACGUCGUCAGCACUCAGGAUUUUCAUCGCACUCCUUAUGACAAAGGUUUUUUCUUCGGUCGACCAUCUUUGAGCAGAGGCAGAAAGAUGGUCGGACGAAGAAGACAAACCAAACACCAACUCCAAAAUUGCCUCGAAGAAAUUCAAACUGGCGAAGACAAUUACAACAGCAACAGGGCAUUCAUGAAGAUCCCAUCAAUGGAGGUAAUAUUGGAAGAAGAAAUAGAACCACUUCACCAGGAAGACAAAAAGAUUCUAAUCAGGCCCAGAAGAAAAAGUCCCGAGAAGACAAGGUGGAUAGUGUGCCCGGCAAACAGUCAGAAGAGGUGGAUAUUAGAAACUGGCAGUAUCAAUUGACGUGUGAUAGCUUUUAGGUAUUAAGAUUGAGUAAUAAGAGUAGAAAUAAAGGGGAUUGUGAAGGAUAACAAUUAA